AUGAAACGAUUACUACUUUAUGGACUGAUACUUCUAACCGUCAACUACAACGUCGUCACAGCGGCUCGCUACAGGCGAGCUCCAGCCGUUUGGGGAGACGCGGCUCCGGACUACUCGGCUGUAAAACUCGGCAAUGCACCAUAUCGUUAUUUGUACACACUUCUUUUUGUUGAUGAUAAAAUUACGGGCUUCUAUGAAUAUGAUAUGACACGGGUAAAAAGCAAUAUACUAAAGGUCGUCGAGGAAGCUAAUACGUACUUCAAUCAACUUCGCCUCGGAAUUGUUGUUGUCGAUGUUUUGCAAACGAUGCGCAGUAAUCUAAGUCUCUACGGAUUUCAGGAGUAUCGACGUCAACGCCUUCACAAGCUACCUCCACAUGAUUUCGCUGCCCUGAUCACGUAUCGCUACGCUGGCGGUCUUGCAUUUGUCGGAGGACUGUGUACGGACAAGGCCGUCAUGUUAUGCGGGGUAGCCCACCUAGUUGGUGUGCCACAUCGUCCAGCCAACUAUUCGUUAUAUGUAUCGAAUUGUGCUUGUAAGCCAAGCAAGAAUCGCAGCGACGAAUGUCUACGAAUUCCAGGAUUCGAUCACGAUUGUACUGCUCAGCAAUUUGUCAAUGUGAUGUAUCAGAAAAAGUGUAUGCGAACAGAGCCGCUAGAGUCAAUUAGUGAACCAAUCUGUGGAAAUGGUGUAACCGAGGAGGAUGAACAAUGUGAUUGCGGUCUGCCGGCACAAUGUAACAACUGGAACUGUCAACCGGAAACUUGUACCUACCGAAUUCAGCCGGUAGUAAUUGUAAGUAAUUCUUAUCAAGUUCUCACCAUUGUUGUAUCGCUCUGA